AUGCUUCCAAAAAGCACAAAGCCGCACACCGAAGAUACCCUAUAUAUUGUUGCCGCGCUUGCGAAGGGUAAACCACCGACACAUCCCGAAUCCCCAUGGCCCAACGCCGGCUGGGUAUUUCUCCUUUCGCUAGACCUUUCACCCAAUCCUCUUCUACAGCACAAAACUCAACCCAUAAGCCCACAACAGAAGAAACUCCACGUUGACGACCUGUCGAAACGUCCCCUUCCCAUCGAAAAAGCCCGGACCCUGUACGAGAAGCCGGGAUCGCGAUCGAACCGCAUCACCGCGGACAUCGGGGGCGAGUGCGAGAAAGAAAAUGGCCGAAAGGAGUGGGACCGUGCUCGAUUCUACCGCCGUUGGAGGCGAUGGAGCGGAGAUAUCGGGCAAAGGGGGUCGCUUCGGCGGGAUCCCUGGACGGUGAUCUGA